AUGGUGCGGCAUUAUUCCUCAUCUACGGUGACUGCCAAUGAACAUAAUAAUAAUGAACAUAAUAAUAAUAAUAAUAAUCAUGAUGAUGAUGAUCCUAAGGACGACAGCAACAACAACAAUGCAAUCACGACCCCCACACGCCGCUUGCUGAUUGUGGGAUAUGGACGGGUGGGUCAACAAGUGGCGGCUCAUGCAGCAGCAGCAGCAACAUCAUCAUUGGCAUCCGAUGAUACUAAUACCAUACCAUGGUCGUUUGACCAGAUUGUGGGUACCACUCGGAACAACAAUAAUGAUGAUGAUGAUGAUAAUGAUAGUACAAGCGCAACUACCGUCUACGAAGAUGAUGAUGACGACUGUAACAUUUCUUCUUGCACUGUGACGACGAUUCCAAUCUCUGACCUGUUGAAUCCACCAGGUACAAGUACUACUACCAGGGUACUAUUGCAAGACGACUAUUAUUCCCAUGUCUUGAUUGCCAUGCCUCCCGUAGAGGAAAUUUAUCAAGCGAUUUUGGAUUCCUUUUUCUUGUGCAAUAAUAUAACAAAUUAUGACGACGGCGCGGACAGCAAUCAUGAUAAGAAUAAUACAACAACAACAAAAAAUAAUAAUAAUGAUACUAAAUGGCUGGGCAUGGUGUCCACGACGGGUGUUUAUGGCAAUCACCAUGGAGAAUGGGUGACGGAAGAAUCGGAAUUGAGGUGUAACAGUGCGGCUGGCGGGUCUACUGCUAAGAAGAAUUAUGUCCAAUGGGAACAAGCCUUUCAAAAGAAGGCAACUCUUGGCAAACAACAACAACAACAUCGAGUGCGAGUGCGAGUCUUUCGAUGUGCGGGUAUUUACGAUUCCACAAAGUCGGCUCUGCACACCUUGUGGAAGAAACAGCAGAAACUGCCACGAGAUAAUGAAGCAGCAACAACAGCAUUUCAACUGCUACAGGACAACCAACCAUCAACCCAAAAAGGGAAACAGGAGGACAGUACGACGUCCACGACAAUAGUAGAAUCGAAAACGAAUCGAAUCCAUGUUGCCGAUAUUGCCCAAGCAAUUGUCAAUAGCAUGAUGAUGAUGAUGGAGGGUGAAGAUGAAGAACAACGAUCAAAUUCAUCACCAUUUGAGAUUUACAAUCUUUCCGACGACUUGCCGGAACGUCGAUCCAAAGUGAUGGAGUAUGCUUCCAAUUUAUUGACGAAUCGCUUGGGUGAAACAUGGACAACAAGAGCAGCCGAUAGUGAGGAGCUUGGACUGAGUAAUGAUGACGACGACAGCAGCAGUGGCAGUAGUGGAAUUAGUAGCAGAAAGAAGGAUCCUAAAAUGCCCAAAAAGGAAUCUGCUGGAGAAACCAAAUCCAUUCGUCGGACUCGACGGGAACAAGAACCCAAACUCAUCGACAAUCAAAAGCUCAAAAGAACAUUGUUGCCAGAACUUGCAUAUCCAACCUACAAGGAGGGUCUGGAUGCCAUUUUAUUGGAUCCACAGGCGCCUUGGAACCAGAACAAGAAUAGCGAACAACGUUGA